GGUUUCUUUGGCAGCCCGUGACGAAAUCAGUGCGGCUAUAAAGCGCGCACCUGGAGACUGCGCUUGGGUAGCUGACGUGACGAGGAGCACUCAGAAACCGGCCACACAGCCACAGCAAAAGCAACAUGACCGCCAACUUCUGCGUGUUCUGCCUCUCCUUGCUCCUGCUUUUGAACUCCAUCGGGGCCAAACCGCUCUCCGAGUUACAGGAGAGCAUUAAGGAGCUCCUGGAGGAGGAACAAACGGCGAACGCGCCUUUCAUUGGUCCGGAGGUGUCGGAGUCGGAGUCGGCGUCGGAGUCGGAGCGGGGAGGCGGGACGGCAGAGCGCCGCGCUCUGAGUGGAAGCGCCUGGACCGUCGGGGAGAUCAGCGGCGCGCUCGCGGCUAAGGAGAACGCUCUGGAUCGCCUCAUCGGGGACAUCCUGUCCGUGUCCAAACGCAGUCGCUUCAAGAAAGGUGGCCUAAGGAGCUGUUUUGGUGUUAGGCUAGAGCGCAUCGGCUCUUUCAGUGGUCUGGGAUGCUAGAAGCGUCAGGAGCGGUUUGUACUGGAACAGGGCACUGAAACUCCUUACUUGAACUCCUCGGGCAGGGCACAUGCCUUUUUAUUUAUUUAUUUAUUUAACGUUAUUCUGAAGUAUUGACAUGUUUACAGCUGUGCGCAGAGCAUCGUCUGCUGAGUGUUAUUUAUUCUGUGGUAACUGUGUAGAAUUGUAAAUAUAUUUUUUGUUAAUAUCAUCUAAAGCUUUUACUGCUUCUUCUGUGUAUGUAUUUAUUUCUUCUCCAAAUUCAUGUCAUAGACUGAAAGGUGUGGAAUAAUGAAUAAAUAUUUUGCAUAAUA